AUGGACCUCAACGACAUCCAUGGCCCAGGCCAAAGGCAAGGCCAUGAAUUUGGCCACGAAUCUGUGACGGUGCCGCCCACAACGGCGACCUCAGCGACAUCGACAUUGGCGACUACGACGGCGACGGCGACGACGACGACCACAACCAUGGCCGACCAGCCGCCAACACCAUUGCCUGCCGAUGCAGACCAGAAGCAGCUGCAAACGUCACAAACCAUGUGGACAACACCAACAUCCCACGGCCUCCGCCCGCGGCCGGCCACGAUCCACGAGGGCUUUUCAUACUGCAUGGGCGAGGCAUACGACGGCCUGACAUCGUGGGACACGUCGUCCACGACCCAGUCCACAACCCAGUCGCAGUCGCGGCCCAUCUCGAUGCACCAGGAGUUUGACGACGGCAGCAACUGGGCACAGGCCGUGGGCCAGCAGAAACCGCUCGAGGACGACAGCCUGGAUCUGCAGCACCUGGUGGACAGCGACAUGGGCAUGGGCAUCGGCCAGGCGUACACGACCGACGAGGCCAUUCCCAUUCUGGAUUUGCGGUUUUCGGCCGCAUCGGGUGGCAACGGUGGUGGCGCCAACCGCCGGCUGUCCGGCUCAUCCUUCACCAUGUCGACGACGGGCGGCCUCUCGGACAUGCCCUCCUACGAAGAUUUCUCGGCGGCGCUGUCGGAUGCGCCCUCGUUCUCGUCCGAAAGCUAUCCGCCGCCGUCGAACCGCAACUCGCUCAUGUCAUCCACACAGCUGUCGCCCGUGGCCUCGCCGCGUAUGACGCCACAGGGCCGCUCGGAACUGGUGCGUACACAGAGCCGCGGUCGUGCGUCGCCCUCACCUCGACCCGGCCUGCGAGCUGCGCCAUACAGCAUGGAAGGUCCCCGCAACAAGCGGUGGUCCACGGGCUCGUACGGCACCAUGCCGAACCGGAGGCCGUCACCAUUUGUCUACCACGGCGGUGUCGCAAACAACAUGCUGGGCGCGGCCACGGCGUCGUCGUCCACGCAACAGCACCAGUCAUCGCCUACGGCCGCCAACGGCCAGCUGCCGCUCAACAUUGGCAACUUACAGCAAGCGUCGGUCGCAGCUGCAGCCGCUGCUGCGGCUGCUGCCGGCGUGCCUGCCCAAAAUCCGUUUUUCCUGUCGGCCCACCACGUCGCGGCUGCCACUUCGGGCUACAACCGCCACAGCAUGCUCCUGCCGACGCAGCUUCCGUCACAGGCAGGUGCCAUGGCCUUCCACCACCCGCACUUGGAAGGAAGCGGUGCCGGUGGCAGCUUCCCUGGCGCACAUCAUUUCGCACCGCAUCCCAACAUGAUAUCAACGCACGCCGGUGGCCUGCACCCGCACCCACAUCCCAUCCCCAGCCACCAUCUCCAGCUCGGCAGCAACAACCACUUGGGCCCUGUGCCGUCCAACGCCUUUGACCCGGCAGCGCACCACCACCAUCCACACCAGCCCGCGCCGCUGCUCUCCCACGGGCUGUUCCGCAUGCUCCAGAGCAAUGCCGACCCCCAUUCUCUGCAUCACCACGGCGGCGGUCUCCAUCACCACUACACGGACCUGUCCGACCCGCCCGACUUGUACGCGUCCCUCCACGAGGACCAGGUGCCACCGCCGCCCGAAGACAUGAACCCGGCGGACCCGGACCUGAUGCCCCACGAGCAGGAGCUCCGGUUCACGGGCGACCUGUACACGCCCAAAUGGGUCCGCGGCCACGGCAACAAGCGCGAGGGAUGGUGCGGCAUCUGCAAGCCGGGCCGGUGGCUUGUGCUCAAGAACUCGGCGUUUUGGUACGACAAGAGCUUUACGCACGGCAUCAGCGCCGCGACGGGCAACCCGUUCCAGGAGCCCCUGGAGACGCGCCGCAUGGACGGCAACCCGGACGUGUGGGAGGGCCUGUGCGGCAGCUGCAACGAGUGGAUCGCGCUGGUGAGCAGCAAGAAGAAGGGCACGACGUGGUUCCGGCACGCGUACAAGUGCCACACGCACCCCAAGAUCAAGGACGCGCCCAAGCGGCGGCGGGAGAGCAGCCAUGCUCGGGCGGGCGGGCUAAGCGCAAAUGCGAAUGCAAAUGCAAAUGCCAACGUAAACGGAGGAGGCGGCCCUGGACCUGUCGUCAAGUCGCGCCCCAACAGCCAGUGCGGACCUAGUCUGCAGGUAACGACGGCCGGACCGAUUCCAGGCUCGGGCGCACCGCCGCCCAUGCCCCACACGCCGCUGACACCACAGCUCACACCGGUCCCAGCGUCGGCCACAACGGUCACACCCACGUCGGGGCCAACGGGGGCUGCCAAUGUGCUCCCUGUCCAGAUGCCCGUUCCCGUGUCGCUAGCCAUGGCCGGACUGUCGUCGAUGCCGUCGGAGGCCGAGCAGAUGAUUCUGCAACAGCAGCAGCAACAGCACCAGCAGCAGCAGUCAUCAUCACCUCUCGGCGAGUCGCACGCUCAACAGCCAAGCCCACUAGACUAUGCGCAUCUGCCUCCAUCCCACCCACCGCCAUCACACCCGCCUCCGCCAGUCCCACCACGCUCACAUCUGCGUUUGCAACAGGCUCAGCAGCAGGCCCAACAACAGCACAUGGCACAGAUGGGGGCGAUGCAGCAGCAUCACCAACAGAUGCAACAACAGGCACAGCAACAGGCACAGCAACAGGCGCAGAUGCAGGCGCAACAGCAGCAGCAAAGAAGUCUGCAGCAUGUCCGUCAGCCGCAACCACCACCCCAGCAGGCACGCCCCAUGAUGACGCCCAUGGCCUCUAUUGAAGGCCUGGGCAACAUGAUCUAG